AUGGCGUCCAGCCUCCAUGAUGCCAUGCCGGAUCGGCUCCCGUCCUUGAGAGGGUUCAAGACGUCGAGGGUUCUGAACGACGGCAAGGAGAGCGGCGUCGUCGCGCUGUUGGGCACCUUCCCCGGCUGCGACACCGAGUCCGUCGUGAAGCUGUCGCGACCGCCGAUACCGUUGGGCGACCUCGACGGGCUCGCAACCGCGGUGACGCUCUCCGAGCGCGCGCCGUACUCGGGGAUGGAGUACGGGUACUAUCACGGCGUCGUCGCGUCCGAGUUCGCCCCCGGGCUGUCCGUGGACGUGCUCUACCCCGGGUGCCUCGCGAAUGAAUCGGAGGAAGCGCGAGCGAAGCUCCUCGCGAAGCACGUCAGCCGCAACGCGUCGCAGGCGCCGGUGGUGUUCCGCGAGAACCCGCGUGCGUACGCCGCCGCGCACCUGCCGUACAUCGACGCGAUACCCUCCAGCGCGAUAGGGUGGGUGUACAAGAUCCUAAACAAAGAGAAGGAGCUCGAACGAUUGCUCUUCGACGACGACGACGCGAACGACGGGUUUCUCGUGAACACGGACCCGAAGUGGGUGACGCACCCUGACCCGAAGGCGACGCCGAAAGAGCAGUGGAUGAACCACCCGGGGACGCGCGAGCUGUACUGUCUCGGGUUGUGUCACAGAAAAGACGUGCGGUCGCUGCGGGACUUGCGAGCGGCGCACCUGCCGAUGUUACGCGCGAUGGCGAGGAAGGGCCGGGAGGUGAUCAAAAACACGUACGGGCUCGCGGACGAGAGCUUGAGGAUAUUCGUGCACUACCCGCCGCAGUUCUAUCAUUUCCACGUCCACUUCACGAACGUGUCCGUGGAUCACGGCGUCAGCGCCGAGCGCGCGCACCUUCUCGACGACGUGAUAGAAAACAUCGAGCGGGACUCGGAGCACUACGCGAAGUGCUCCAUCACGUGCCGCAUGGGCGAGAACGACGAACUGUGGAGGCGGUUCAAGGAAUUAGAUAAGGCGGGGGCGUAG